UUCUUACAGGCUGUAUCCAAGAUGUUUCAAGACAUGUAUGCCGCAGCUCCAGAGCUUGAACCGGCUGGAAAGGUGCUUGAGACAAUGACGGCUGACAUCGUUGAUCUGGAGCUGACAUCCACUUUGAAUAAAGAAUUAGGCAUGCAAGACGUCUUUGUUCACGGUGAUCUCUGGUCAGCGAAUCUGAUCUGGACAAGUGCAGGAACUGGUCUGAGACUGAGCAAGAUAGUUGAUUAUCAAGUAACACAUUUUGGAUGUGCUGCAGAGGACCUCACUCGUCUCUUUAUCAGUACAAUGAGCGGAAAAGAUCGUCGAGAAAACUGGGAACCCUUGCUUGAAGAAUUUUACAAAUAUAUGCAGAAAUACUGUCUUAAAGAGCUUCCGUUCUCCCUCGAUCAGCUCAAAGAAUCUUACCGACGGAUGUUCCCUAUAGCAGGCGUCCUGUUACUACCCGUUUUCGAUAUGGUCGCCAAUACUUUUCAGCUUGGCUUGAGCAAGUUGUCAGAAGACGAAAAGACACAAAAGCAGAUGGUGCUAUCUGAGAAAAAACUUGCUCUUUUUGAAGAUAUUCUAUUUUUCGCAAGGCGAAAUCAAUAUGUUCGACAGGAUAAGAACAACUCAGCAAGUCAUCAGACCGAGCAAUGGCCAUUUAUUUUUAUUUUGUCUCUCGGGAUAGGCAUGAUUUCAGUUUCAUAUUAUCUCUUACGAUUCUUGAUAAAUUGA